AAUAUAUCGGCCCCCCCUCUCUCCCUCUCUCUCUCUCUGAAGCUGAGAGAGCUACUGGCAAGAAAUAAAAACCUCCGUGGCUACAGCCAUUUUCCACAAUAUUCAACUAUGGAUAUCUAUGGAUUCUCUACUACUACCACUCAAGACCCAUUUCGCAUUGACGACCUCCUUGAUUUCUCCAACGACGAAAUCUUCUCCGCUUCUUCCUCUUCCACCGCCGCUCCAACUCACUCAGACACCACAACCGACGUCAUCCAAUUCCAACUCCCUCCGUCUCAAAACCUCGCCAUUCACUCUUUUAAUCCGUCUAUUUCCACCACUGACUUCACCGACGAUCUCUGUGUUCCUAGUGAUGACGUGGCUGAGUUGGAAUGGUUAUCACGAUUCGUAGACGAUUCCUUCAGCGAUUUCCCUAAAAACUCGAUAACCGGAACACUAACCGUUCGAUCGGACACGUCAUUGUCAGGUAGUGGACGAGGCAAACGCUCAAAAGCGACAAAUUCGAUUACUUCCUCUAACACAACUACGUGGACCUGGACUUCUGAAACUGGAAAUUUGAAACCGAAAAGAGAGAUUCACCACCGCCAAUCGUCGCCAAGUCUAGACGGAGGUGCGAGGAGGUGCACGCAUUGUCAAUCGGAGAAGACGCCGCAGUGGCGAACUGGUCCACUAGGUCCCAAGACGCUCUGCAACGCGUGUGGUGUACGCUACAAGUCGGGUAGACUUGUGCCGGAGUACCGGCCUGCGGCGAGUCCGACAUUUGUACUGACUCAGCACUCCAACUCGCACCGUAAGGUUUUGGAGCUUCGGAGGCAGAAGGAGAUGUUGAGGCAGCAGCAGCAACAGCAAGGGCAGUCACCGUCGCAAAUGUUUCGUCACCAGCGUGAUUUUGAAGUAUGCUGAGCUGUCAUAAUCGGAUUGUUUUCUGACAAUGGAUCAUGUGAACGGGGAAAUUACUGUUCCGGUUAUGUUAUCAGAAUUCUCUAUAUUGUUAAUUUGUUGGUUUUGGUUA